AUGUCUAAUCUAGGUUUUGCUUGUACAUUGCAGGUUCUAAAGACGGUAAACUUUGAGCUUCAUGUUCAGGAGCCUUUCUUUACUCAGCUAAAAGAUGGCCUAAAGAGAGUGGAAGGAAGAUGUGCUGCUGGUAAUUACAAUCGAAUUCAGUCUGGAGCGUUGAUACUUUUCAAUAAAUGUUUGUUGUUUGAGGUUCAGGAUGUACGUCAAUACCCUUCAUUUUAUGCGAUGUUGAAAGCGGAGAGUCUUGAUAACGUUCUUCCUGGAGUAAAAACAUUAACAGAUGGUGUUCAAGUAUACAGGAAGUUCUACUCUGAAGAGAAAGAACUGUCCAAUGGUGUCCUUGGGAUUCAUGUCAAAAAAUCUGUUGUCCAGCCAUACAUUAUUUUGUCCAGAAUCAUAUCUGUGAGUUUUCUUGCUUCCCUACUUUUCCUUACCUGCAUCUUUGUUGCCAUGGCCAACUUACACAAAAAACUUGGACCGUUUGGUUCAAGGGAUUGGGAAAUGUGAAUGGGUAAGUGUUCUUGUUUGAUUUUCUGUAAGCUGUAGUGAGCUGUUAAAACCUUAGUCUAACCAAGUUAAAGUUUUAGACAAUCAUUUUUCAACUUAGUAUAUCGUUACCUGUAUAUUUUCUUUUCCAUUUUCAUGUAUUGACAUCCAAACUUUAGAUAAUGAAACAAUCAUCAACAAUAUUCACAACAAUGAUUACUAUUAAGUAAGAUCAUAACUUGAAAAAACUAGCUAUUGCAAAAGAGCUACAUUGCUCCCGAAAAUAGGGAAAUUUAUCCCAUCUUCCUAUUUAAACAGAAAAAAAAUUAAAGCUUGGCAACCCAGGUAGGAUUAGUCAUCAUGGAUUAGCCUAGUGGUAAAUAAAGGACAUGGAUUUGGUAAAGAGCUUAGAAGGAAUGAGUUCAAUUCAAGGUGACUACCUACCAAGGAUUUAAAGUCCUACGAGUUUACUAGACACCCAACCGUUGUAGGGUUAGACGUGUUGUUUGUGAGAUUAGUUAAGUUAUGCACAAGUUUGGCUAAACACUCAUGGUUAUAAGAAA